CACGGGAGGGCCUCCGCUGUGGUCCCCGUCAUUUAAAGUGCAUACGUAAGUGCGGAUACAGUUCGCAGUUCGAUCGACGGGCUGCGCAUCCAGUGAUCCACGGGGCUGCUGUAACAUGAAUGGGACUGCAGGGCGAGGGCAGUGGAAAAGGACAAGCUGGCGACAGCAGACUCAGGGAGUAUCUUUAGUAGAAAGAGCGUCGCACGGAGAUAGACUGUGGGCGCCGACGCGUCGGGGAUCCGUAGCUUGUCUUAGCUGGGUAUUUUGGUCCGCUCGCCGCUCUCACCACGUUUCCUUCCCCCCUCUCCUCUCCCUCGCCAUGGCCAUUAUCGCAUCGCUGCCCCCUCCAUGUUAGCUGAUCCUCCUGACAGGCUCCGUGUCGCAUGGCUGGCCAACUACGGAUCGUCUUCAUCCCAUUGAGCACUUGAGCACUUGAGCUCUCCCUCCC